UAAAUAAUGUAAUUUAAAAUAAAUACUAAUAGUAAAUAACAGUAUUGAUAUAAUUGAAAAAGAUAAUCCGUGCUACCAGAGGUUUAUUCUUCUCAUUUAUUGCUCCAUUUUUCAAGUCCAUACUUAAAAUUCAUUUCGACGAAUAAUAAAUUUAAGUAUAUAACAAAUAUGUACAUUGCGGCUUUGAUCUCGUAGAUAUUGAGCGAAUAAAAUUACGACUGAUAAUUAAAUUAUGAAUAUUUAUAAAAAUUACAUGAACAUUUGAGAGCGCGAGGAAUGACAGCUAUAUUUCAGAGAAAACCAGAAUCAUGUGAUCAUUCCUGAUCGUCUAUUAUGUAAUAGAACAUAAGAAGCUUCCUCUCCAGUCAUCGUAGAGUUAAUGUUAUAAAAAACAAAUAUUACAAAGUCUUUAUUUUUUAAACGACAGACUAACAGACAGGAUUAGAAGAGAAGAAGAAGAAGAAAAAGAAGGGAGUUAUUCAUAAGCUGUAUUUUGUAAAUAAAUCUAUCGCUGUGUUUAUGCGCACGUGGUGAAAGGCUGCUAAAUAAAGCGAGUUCAAGUCACCCAUGGGUCACACAUGUUUUGUCUCAUUCGAAUAUCCCGCCCAACGACGACGUGUUCGCGCACAGUAGUACAUCCCUGGCGCUGCGCGGCGGAUGAUGCAAUCGGCGGCGCGCGACGAUUUGCGCAAGAUUACAAAACAGUCAGUACACGGUGUGUAGCAUCGUGUAGCAUCGUACGUGGGGCUCAGAAGUAAGUACGCCCGUCCGUUUAAUUUCCUCGCUGUUUUCCGCGUCGAUUUUCCGGAAGUCACCGUCCUUGUCGAACCCUCGGCGAUGGCGAACGAGGUGCGCCCCGCCCCCGAAGCCGAAGCCAGGACAACGGCGGACCACCAGGUCUACAAGAUCCAUAACCCGGACGACUUCGACCGAAUCACCAAAGGGAUUAAGGUUGCGCGGUGCAUGCAGUCGCCGACUUCCUAUGGUGAGCCACGAGUGUUUUAAUUAGAACGGAGGAACUCGCGACCGAAAGUCUGGAGGCGACAGCUGUCUGUUGCUCCAGGCUGUGUGUUUGUGUUUCUUCCAUUGGGUAGUGAAAUACAUCUAAUUUCACAUUUCUUCCCGGAAACAGACGUUUGGAGGAGUGCGAUCAGGUGCAGAAGGUGUAACUAGAGAACGUGGCUGAAGCACAUUACAUACAUGACGUUUGACAAAAGUGAAAGGCAUCGAGCGAACUUACAUUCUCAUGAUUAUACGAUUGCCUGAUAAUGACCAGCUAUUAAGUCAACUGGUAGUGUCUGAUUCUCUGUGCUGUUCCUACUGUAACACUGAGUUUGAGGACAAGGCGCAACAAAGACUGCACUACAAGUUAGAUUGGCAUCGCUAUAAUUUGAAGCAACAUCUGAACGGCUUGAAGUCCAUUACCGAGGACAGUUUCAAUAGGUUGGCCGGCGAAGGCGACAUGUCUAGCCUGUCCGGUAGCGAGGUAGAGUCCGAGAACGAGGACGAUGCUGGUACUUCGGAGACUGGGACCUCGUCUAAUGAGCAAACCAAAAACGAGCCGGCAACCAAGACUGGACUUGGCAGGUCUAAAAAGAUGUCAGAAAGACGCGGGAGGACGAUCGAGUCUGAUAUUUCGGACACGGAGUACAACGAGGAGAUGUCCAAGGAACGGAAAUUGCAAGUCGUUGCGAGCCGCCAUACCAAGGUGUUCUUUGAAAACGACGAUGGCAACAUAUUUAGCAUCUACCGGUGUCUGCUGCAUCAUAAAAAGGACAUUCCCGAAAAAGAUAGCGAGAUGAUUACUCAGGCGUUGGACAGUGGGAAAAAGACUAAGUGGACGGUCAUCAUGGUCGGCGGUGGACACUUUGCCGCUGCUGUAUUUCAAGAUGGUGAGCCUAUCGUUCAUAAGACCUUCCAUUCUUAUACCGUGCGGGCGAAACAAGGCUUUGCUCAGAGCUCCCGUACGAAUGGUAAUCAUGCAAAAAGUGCCGGCGCUAGUUUACGGAGAUAUAACGAAGCGUCGCUUAUUCAGCAUGUGCAAGAGAUAUUGGAGUCAUGGUCAAUGCACAUCAAUAAUUCAUCGGCUAUUUUGUAUCGAGCGGUCGGUCCGCAUAAUCGCACAGUGCUCUUUGGUGGCAAGAAUCCUCCCUUAGAUAAGAAUGAUUUUAGAAUAAGACCACUGCCAUUUCCUACUCGCAGAGCAACAUUUAGAGAAGUUAAAAGGGUAUAUGAUAUAUUAAGCACCAUGGAAAUUUAUGGCUCCGCGGCAGAUUUCACGGAUUGUUUCCCCAAUUCUCCAAGACAGCCCAUACGUAAGAAGGUCUCAAAACCAGAGAUCAUGAGCGAGAUACCCGAGGGAGAAAUUACCAAAUAUAAUUCUAAUACUGGUAAUCUACAGGAAAUUGAUAAGAUUAAAGCACCUGCGCAAUCUACUCCAGAAAAACAACAUCGUAAUUCCCGUCCGCACAUAGAUAGAGCGAAACCGAGGAAAAGUCCGAAUCGGCCACUGCCAGAUAUUAUUCUUAAAUUAGCUCAAUCAUCUUCUGAAUCUGAAAUGGAUACAAAUCUUCCAUUAGACAUCCCCUUAAUUGAAGAAGACUUUGAAACAUCAUUCAGGGAGAAUUUACAAGCGUUUCAAGAUACUGUGCCAAGAUACAUGAAAAACAAGAAAGCUCACCGGCAAAAGAAAAAAGUAAAGAAAGAUGCUCCGGUAAAUAACGAAGUGCUAUCCGAUGCUAAAAUUAAAUUGUGGACUGCCUGUAAGCAAGGCGAUAAUGACUUAUUAUCAUCGGUUAUCGAUAACUUGCUAGCUAAAAUUAAAGAAUGCGAGGAGGAACAGAACAAAAAAGAUAUUAUAGAUAAUUGCGCUAUAUCCAAUAAUACUCUCGUGAACACGGACAAUGUGGCGAAGUUGGUAAACGAUACUAAUGAGGACGGUAACACGAUGUUGCAUUUGGCGGCGCUUGGUGGACAUUACGAACAAGUGUGGUUAUUACUGGAAAUUGGAUCUGAUCCUUGCAAUAAAAAUAAAAAAUUACAAACGCCUUAUGCCGCUGCGAAUGAUAAAAAGACUAGAAAUACCUUCAGAAGAUUUAUGGAAGCUAAUCCGGACAAAUUUAAUUAUCAAAAGUCUCAAAUACCUGGGCCGCUCUCGGAUGAGAUUGAGCAAGCGGAAGCAGAGAAGAAAAGACAGCAACGAAAGUUGAAACGCUUCAAAGAAAAAGUUAAAAGAAAGGAAUUUGAAUUGAAGAAACAGGAGGAAAACGAGAAGCAGAGGUUCCUUAAUCUCAGCGAUGGAGAAAAGAGAGCAUUGGUCACGCAGAACCGGAUGUUGAGCGCAGGAUACACUGUAAUAUCGCGAUGUUUCCAAUGCGCCAUUGAUAUGACUAAUAAGGUGCCUUUCGAGUACAACGCCAAUCGUUUCUGCUCAAUGCCAUGUCUCAAGGAACACCGUCUUCACAAUAAAUAUGUUAUCUGAUGGUGCAUCAUGUCUAGCUAGGAAAACUUUUAUGCCAAUUAUUCAUUCAAUCAUGCUCAUCGGCUACAGAGAAGCUGCAUUUGCAGACAACUUAUAUAGACAACUCAUACCGAAUUAAUCUACGGCUUCUUGUGGAAUUUGUCUUGUAAUUAUUGGAAUGUAGAAUAGAAUUUUCACAACCGUCGUCAUUUUCUUUGGAAUAUUCUUUUUUACAUAUAAUAAAGUUCAUUUUCACGCAUUUUAAGAA